CGUGGAUAUCUUUGGCUCGAAACGGGGUUUCUUUUCGCAAAACGAAAUAUUUGGACUAAUUUAACGAAACAGCGUGCAGCGUGCAGAGUGCAGUGGGUGGCCAGGUGGAAAAUGCAUUUUCCGGCUAUUGAUGACUUCUACCAGCGAUUUCUGUUUCUGCUGCCGUUCGUCGCCAACUUUAGAUCAGACGAUAGGUCAUUCAGCUACGACGAUCCCGACAUGUGGAAGUUCAGUUAUCCCAAGUGCGGAGGCUUGGACCAGUCUCCCAUCGCGAUCAGCAAUCGCAAGGCCCUCCCGGUGGCUUUGCCCCCCUUGGAAUUUGGAUUAUACGACGAUCUCUUUGAUAACCUCGUGACUAUUACCAACAACGGGCACUCGGUGGAAUUCGAGGUGCCUGCUACGAUUUAUGGAGUAAGACCCUAUGUUACUGGAGGACUUUUGGUCGACUGCUACGAAGCAGAGGCCGUGCACUUUCACUGGGGAUCUCCAAAGUCCAAGGGUUCGGAGCACGUACUUGAUGGCCGUCGGUUUGACCUUGAAAUGCACAUUGUCCACAGGAACAACAAGUAUCUGACCCUGCGGGAGGCCGAAACCCACAACGAUGGAAUAACCGUCCUAGCAGUGCUCUUUAAGGUUGUGCGGACUGGACCAGCCUUCUAUCAGCCCGGCCUCAGUGAGGUCUUCAGCUCACUGCUCCACUUGGGCAACUUUAACAGCAGCUACACGCUGCCGGAACAGCUUAACCUCGGUUCGCUACUAGGCAACCUGGACAGGGGAAACUUCUUCACAUACAAGGGCUCCCUGACCACGCCCCGCUGCUCCCCGGCAGUGCAGUGGCACGUAUUCGCCGAUGUGCUGCCCAUAUCGCACCGGGAGCUGCCCAAGUUCUGGCAGCUGCGGGAUCAGCGAAGGCGUCCCCUGCUCAACAACUUCAGGCCACUACAGUCGCAGGAAAACAGGCCGAUCUUUCACCGAAAACCCUUUCUGGAGCAGCAGUUGCAAGAGGUGAUAUGGUUAUAGUCA